AUUACUUUUAUCUUCCAUGUUUGAGCAAAUUUGGGAUUCAAUUGGGGGUUUUGAUUUUACACUAACGUAUGUUUUUGGUAAGUUGAGCCUCGGAAGGCUUAAAGCAUCUUGUAGUAGUGAGACAAAGAAAUAAGAUUUCGCUCAAGUCCAACUGAUUGCCUAAUGCGCGGCGGCCGUUUGCGUUGGGCUGGGGAUAUAAAAUUGGCCUUCGAGGCACGAUUGAUCGGGAUGACGCAUUUGGCUAGGGUUGUGUAAGGGGAUGGAUGCUUUAUACGUCGGAGCCAGCUCAAGGGAUGGUCGAGCAUUAAAACCAACAGAGUAAAUGACAAAAAAACUAUCAAAAUUGUGCCAUAGAUGACGCGGAACUACCAAAUGGGACACGAUUGUCACAUGACUACCAUGUUUGGGGCACAGUCGCGACGCGAAGCACUGAUUCAACGGAUCAACCGUGUUAACCAUGUUUCUGGCAGGCCUGGCCCACUGUCAGAGCGGACGUGGCGUCCAGUCGACGGACGGCCGUUAGGGCUCGCGUUAGGUGUGAUGUUUUAAGCCGUUCGCUCGGUCGUCUCCUUCCUCUAUCCUUUCUCUGUGUUCUGUCCUACUGCCAGCAGUCGCCGCCGACGUAGAUCUCCGCCGCCGCAGGGACAGACGGCCAUGGUUUCGUGGGGCGACGGCGAGGAUUCCUCUUCAGAGCAGAGCUCCCUCGGCACUGAUAGUGUCAACACUACCUACGACUCUGAUUUCUGCGGUUUAGCUGAUGAGGGUGGCAGUACUGUGACUUGCAAGCAUGGUGUUGUAGCUGCUCGAUUUGUAGCAUUUGAUGGUUGCUGGACAGGGAGGAGGUUCUUAGGGUGUGCAGGACAUGAUGGAGAACCAGCUUGUGAUUUUCUUCUUUGGGUAGAUGGUGAGUGGCCACCUGCACUUCGGAAAUCAUUGGCAAAGUUGUGGGAUUUGUAUGGACAAGAGAAGCAAGGCAGGGUUAAUGAUGCUCUGGACAACAUGGAGAAGAGGUUUAAGCUCAAAGAUGAGAUUGAGAAGAUGCACAUUGAUCUGAGGAAUGCUCAAGAAGAGAUGAAGAAAAUUGUGGAGGAGAAGCAGGUGAUACUUGCCUUGAAGGCCCAAGCUGAGCAAGGAUUGAUUGAUGCUAGGGCAGAGUUAGAGCAGAAGAAGGCACUGGAUGCAUCUAGCAGCAAUAUGCACAAAUGCAUGAGAAUUAAAGCAGAGAAGGAGAGAGAUCAGUUGAAAGAAGAGAAGAGAAAGCUUGAGUACAUAAUUGGGGAUUUAUUUAAGCUCAAGGAAUCCACCAGGGCAAAGCUGAAGAAGAUCAUGGAGAUGUGUGAUGAGUAGCUAGCUUGUGUAGCAGUUUAAUUUUAUUUGAAUGUUUGAAUUGAAUUCCCUAUGGUUUGUAAUGUUGAACUGAAUGAUGUCUGGUUUGUAAUGGUGAAUUAAAUGAUGGUUGGUUUGUAAUGUUGAAGAAUAUGUGUUGAAUCUGUUUAAGUUGAUCCCUGUUGUUGUA